AUGUUAUUCCUCUCUAGCGUUGUUGUGGCUCUCCUCGCGGGUCCGGAUCCAGCUCUCGGGGCGAUCACCUCUAGCCUACAGAGCAUCUUAAAAAACACCCAUGGCAGCCCAGACUAUAGGUAUCCCACUGAUCUAACAAGAGAUCUGUUACCCGUGAGUCUAUCUGUGGCACCAUGUAUCGAUAAACUCUCUGUGGAGUUUCCGCCAUCUGGAAUAUUUGACUAUUGGCGAGACGAGCCUUUCUAUACCGGUCUCUCACAUGGCUGCACAUCUACCGAAGCCGAUGUCUGGUUAUACAAUGGCACCCUCUAUGUUGGUCACGAUGAAUCCGCCCUGACGGAGUCUCGAACUCUUGAAUCCUUGUAUAUCAACCCAAUUCUAGACGUGCUAGAGCGCCAGAACCCCGAGAGUCCAUUUAUAUCAUCGCCAACUAAAAACGGUGUGUGGGAUACCGUUCCCGACCAAACGCUUUACUUCUUCAUUGAUGUGAAAACAUCCGGCCCCGAGACGUUCCAGGCGGUAAUUGCUGCUUUAGAACCUCUAAGAGAGAAGGGCUACUUAACUACCGUCAAGGAUGGCAAAACCGUUACCAAUGGACCCGUCACCAUCAUUGGCACCGGAGAGACACCGUUCGAUAUGGUAGCGCCCAUCAAAGACCGAGACUACUUUUUCGAUGCGCCGCUGGCAGAUCUCAAUGAUCCCAAAUAUGCCGAUGUAACUGGCGUUAUCUCGCCUGUUGCUUCGACGAAUUUCCGGGAAGCCGUCGGCAAGAUAACUGUCGAUACAGAUCCAAUUCUCUCAGACGACCAACUCAAAGCUCUCCGGGACCAAAUUUCCACCGCAAAUGAGCGCGGGAUUGGGGCUAGAUAUUGGAACACGCCACACUUCCCGAUUCGUGCACGAAACCUUGUCUGGAGGACUCUUUUGAGAGAAGGAGUCAUUCUGCUCAAUGCCGAUGAUCUAGAUGCUGUGGCUUCUUACUUCUAA